GCCUCCACGUGUGUUUACCUGCUCUGACAUCACUUCCUGUCCGCAGGUGGACAAAAAGCAGACGAGCGUCUCAUUGGACGACGGAGACGAUGAGUCCGGAGACUCGGAGGAGGAAGGGCGAGCGAAGCCGGCGAAGAAGAGAGAGGCGGUUUGGAUCGAUGAAGACGAUGAGAGGGAGGAGCAGGUGGACAUGAAGCAUCGAUUCCGCAGAGAUCUGAUCAGAGGAGAAGCUGAGGAGACGCUGAGCAGCAGGAAGCUACAACAGAGGAUGAGAGAACAGUUCCAGAAGUCGAUGGGAGGAGCUCCUUCGUGGGCGGAAAACUCUGUGAAGAAGAAGAAGAAGAAGAACGCUCUGGAGCUGCCGCUGAACUCUGGAGCUGCCCGUGAGCUAUGGAGCUGCCCGUGUGCUCUGGAGCUGCCCGUGUGCUCUGGAGCUGCCU